CUCUCUUUCUAAUGCUUGAAAGGUCUCUCCAUUUACUUAUUUUUGUUUCCCUUUUGGAUCUCAUCUAGAUUCCCAAAAUCAGCAUUUUUGUAUAUGCGUAGCUGCUAAAAAGUUUGGUUUUUUAGUUUCUUUCUGAUGGAUGAACUUUCCUUUUUCACUUUUGCAGGGAUUCACAAGCUACUAAGAGCUGCAUUGUCUGAUUUUAGUGCCUCAAAGGACCUUUCUUGACAGUCUGAAAUUUCGGUAAACCACUUACAAUUUAUUAUAAUUCCCUCUUGCUCCUGAAAAUCCUUGGAAAUCUUCAUCCAAACUCAACUACUUGGCCUUUUGUUUGACUUCUGCUUCAUCAUUAUAAAUUCCUCACAAGUGCAUUCUCCUUCUCUUCACUACUGUUUCAUCUAAACUUCGUACUUUUCUGUAAAUUAUUGUCCAUUUGUUUUAAACAGACAACCCAUCUUGUCAAAUCCCCACCAGAAAGGAACAAAAAAAAAAAAAAAAGAUGUCUGAAUCCUAUCCAAGCACACCCUUGAUUCCAAAAUCAACUUCUUACAAGCUUCCUGAUUUCAAGCAAUCUGUGAAACUGAAAUACGUUAAGCUUGGCUACCAUUAUCUUAUAACUCAUGGAAUGUACAUAUUUUUAACCCCUCUUGCUGUAGUCAUUGCUGCACAACUCUCCACAUUCUCCCUUCAAGAUCUCCAUGAUCUUUGGGACCAUCUUCGUUUUAAUCUAAUUUCUGUGAUACUAUGUUCAGCCCUUCUCGUUUUCUUUUCAACCCUUUAUUUCCUUACUCGUCCUCGUCCUGUUUUCCUUGUUGAUUUUUCAUGCUACAAGCCAGAUGAUGCUAGGAAAUGCACCAGGCAGAUUUUCAUGGAAAGGUCUCGUUUGACUGGUACUUUCACUGAGGAAAACCUUGAGUUUCAAAGAAAAAUUCUUGAGAGGUCUGGUCUUGGGGAAUCAACCUAUCUCCCUGAAGCUGUUUUAAGAGUUCCUCCUAAUCCAUGCAUGGCAGAGGCAAGGAAAGAGGCAGAGACUGUUAUGUUUGGUGCACUUGAUCAGCUUUUUGAGAAAACAUGUUUGAAACCAAAAGAUAUUGGAAUUUUGAUUGUCAAUUGUAGCUUGUUUAAUCCUACACCAUCUUUAUCUGCAAUGGUAAUUAAUCAUUACAAUCUUAGAGGGAAUAUAAUUAGUUAUAAUCUAGGUGGGAUGGGUUGUAGUGCUGGUUUGAUAUCCAUUGAUCUUGCCAAAGAUCUUCUUCUAGCACAUCCAAACUCCUAUGCUUUGGUCAUUAGCAUGGAAAACAUUACAUUAAAUUGGUAUUUUGGGAAUGAAAGGUCCAUGCUUGUUUCCAAUUGCCUGUUCCGGAUGGGAGGGGCUGCAAUUUUACUUUCCAAUAAGAGGUCUGAUGGAUGGCGGUCCAAGUAUAGAUUGGUCCAGACUGUUCGAACCCACAAAGGUGCGGAUGAUAAAUGCUUCACUUGUGUUACACAAAAAGAGGAUUCUACUGGGAGGAUUGGAGUUUCUUUAUCAAAGGAUCUGAUGGCAGUUGCUGGGGAUGCUUUGAAGACCAAUAUCACGACCCUUGGUCCUCUUGUUCUGCCAAUGUCUGAGCAGUUACUCUUCUUUGCCACAUUAGUUGCAAGGAAACUUUUCAAGAUGAAGGUGAAGCCGUACAUCCCAGACUUCAAAUUAGCUUUUGAACAUUUCUGCAUUCAUGCUGGUGGGAGAGCUGUACUGGAUGAGUUGGAGAAGAACUUGCAACUCUCAGAUUGGCAUAUGGAACCAUCAAGAAUGACAUUAUACCGAUUUGGAAACACUUCAAGCAGCUCUCUCUGGUAUGAAUUGGCUUAUACAGAAGCCAAAGGGAGGGUUAGGAAAGGAGACAGAACAUGGCAAAUAGCAUUCGGUUCAGGGUUCAAGUGCAACAGUGCAGUUUGGAAGGCUCUGCGGACCAUAAAUCCAGCCAAGGAGAAAAACCCAUGGAUGGAUGAGAUCCACCAAUUCCCAGUUGAUGUUCCAAAGGUUUCAGCUAUCUAGAAUCCUUUACCAUUUUCUUUUUCCUGCACUAGAUUAGUGAUUGAUCUCCAGGUGAUGAACUCUACUUGUCUCUGUUGUUUUAUUGCAAUUUGUUUCUUUAGGGAGAGACUGGUUGGUGUUGACUGGGAUUAGAAUUUUGUGUAACUUGUUUAUUUGUUGAAAGAUAGUUGCAAUUAGGCCGUUUUUGCUCAAUCUGCGUAUGCCUCCAGUCUACAUGUAUCUUGCUUAUGCUCUAUCAAAUCUCAUUUUUGAGAUUUGAUCUGAUCAUGUUCUAUUGCAGAUUAAUUUGGCUAACUUUUCAUGUAGGGCAA